AUGUUUUCUAAAUUUCACGAUACAAACAAUAGCAGGGGUGACGACGAUGAUCCUGUAACGUCUAGACCUCAGAAGAGAAAUAUAAUACCACACGCUGAAAAAAAAAAAGAACUGAGUUUCGUACCUGAGUUGCCAAAGAUUCCACAAGAAGAUGAAACAGCUAAACAAAAUCGAAAGGCUGAAUAUUACUAUCAAAGUUAUAAGGCUUUAAAGGAAUCAUUUUCACAACAAAAAAUUAUCAAUGCAGAAGUAAAAAUUUGGUGCACAUAUACAAAAACAACUGAUAUACAUGCAGAAUAUAUUACGAAUACGCCAGACUUAUUAACAGAUGGUAUGCCAGAUGUAUUAGCAGAUAAUGGUACGCUACCAAAUGACCUUGUGCAAUUGGAUCAGGAUAAUUGGAUUGAACAAACUGUAACAACUAAGAGGUACAAUCCUUUUGAUUAUGAUGAUGGUGAACCGAACAGUCAAGCGGUACAGCAAGCAAGACCAUUUAAUUAAAUUGAAC